GGCGGUGACGUGUCCGCGGGGCUGGCAGUGACGUGGCCGCGGGGCUGCCGGUGCCGGCGGUGACGUGUCCGCGGCGCUGGCGGUGCCGGCGGCAGGUGGCGGCAGGGACCACGCGCGGGAGGCCACUUCCGAAACUUUGGUAGAAGAAGUAUCAGACAAAGGCUGCACCUAACUAAAAGAAUGUUUGCAGAUUUGGACUAUGAUAUUGAGGAGGAUAAGAUGGGGAUCCCCACUGUACCUGGGACAGUGACCCUGAAGAAGGACUCUCAGAACCUGAUUGGGAUCAGCAUUGGGGGAGGAGCACAGUACUGCCCCUGUCUCUACAUUGUCCAGGUAUUUGAUAACACUCCAGCAGCCCUGGAUGGCACCAUAGCAGCUGGUGAUGAAAUCACAGGAGUGAAUGGGAAGUCUGUCAAAGGAAAGACCAAGAUGGAGGUGGCCAAGAUGAUACAGAUGGUAAAGGGAGAAGUGACCAUUCACUACAACAAGCUUCAGGCUGACCCAAAGCAGGGCAAGUCGCUGGAUAUCGUGUUGAAGAAGGUAAAGCAUCGACUGGUAGAGAACAUGAGCUCAGGGACAGCAGAUGCCCUGGGGUUAAGCCGAGCCAUACUUUGCAACGAUGGACUGGUGAAGAGAUUGGAGGAGUUGGAGAGGACUGCAGAGUUAUACAAAGGCUUGACAGAGCACACCAAGAGUCUUCUUAGAGCUUUCUUUGAGCUGUCCCAGACACACAGAGCAUUUGGAGACGUUUUCUCUGUCAUUGGUGUUCGGGAGCCACAGCCAGCUGCCAGCGAAGCCUUUGUGAAGUUUGCCGAUGCCCAUCGCAGCAUUGAGAAGUUUGGGAUUCACCUUCUGAAAACAAUUAAGCCGAUGCUUACUGACUUGAACACAUACUUGAAUAAAGCCAUUCCUGACACAAGGCUGACUAUCAAAAAGUACCUGGAUGUCAAGUUUGAAUAUUUGUCUUACUGCCUGAAAGUCAAAGAGAUGGAUGAUGAAGAGUACAGUUGCAUUGCUCUGGGUGAACCUCUCUACAGGGUCAGCACAGGGAACUACGAGUACCGCCUGAUCCUGCGGUGCCGGCAGGAGGCUCGCACACGCUUUGCCAAGAUGAGGAAAGAUGUGCUAGAGAAAAUAGAGCUCCUAGACCAGAAACAUGUGCAAGACAUCGUGUUCCAGCUCCAGCGUUUUGUCUCCACGAUGUCCAAGUACUACGAUGACUGCUACGCUGUGCUCCGAGAUGCAGAUGUCUUUCCCAUUGAGGUGGACCUUGCCCGCACUACUCUCAGCUAUGGGCAGAAGGACACAUACACGGAUGGAGCAGAAGAAGAAGAAGGAGGAGGAAGUGAGAGAGAGCAUAGUGGGAAGGAGGACACCAACGGUGAAAAGCUCAUUGACGAUGCCUGAGUGUGCUUUCAAGGCCAGAGACUUUGCAGACAACUAUAAAAACAUGUAUUUCACAUGGCAGUUCAUCCUCCCUGACUUCUGUGUAUGUCCAGCCUGGGAUUCCUCCUCUGCUUUGGGUGAAGGUGGCUGGUUGGGACCAACCUCUGCUUUCCUUUCUCUUCUCUUGCUUGUUUGCCUGCAUAUCUCCUUUUUCCCCCUACAGACUUUUGCUGCCAGAUUUGGGUACCGAGGUUUGGCUUGUACCACACCAUGUCACUCUGUGUACAGACAAGGUACUGCUGAGCUUGUGGGGUACACCAUUCCCCUCUGGCACGUGGAAGCCAGAUAAACACCUGCAGAUGAUUAUGAAUGACAAGCACAGCCCCCUUUUGUCCUGUCCUUGUGCUGUGGGAAAAUGUUGGCACCAGCAUUGUUUUCUUCACCCCACUGCUCGCUGUUUUCAAGCUUCCCAUUCUCAGGCCUGUUUUAUGCUUCCACUCUUUUCCAUCUGUCCCUGUGGGCUGCAGGUUUUGUAGGAUAAUGACUCCCACCACUCCCAGCUCUGCACCACUGCUUUUUAAGAAAGCAGCAAGCCCACACAGAUGUCUAGAGCCAGUGGAGGUACAUUUGAUCUGACCAUUACCCCCAGGCAAGGGGCAGGGCAAAGCUCUUAAAGCAGGGCUGACCUGCUGCAAUGCCGCUGCAGAGAUUUGGAAGGCUCUUACCCUGACCACCAUUCUCCUCAUAGUCCCCAAGCUCCAGCACAGCUGGCACCAUCUGCAGACUCCAUAGCUACACCCCAAGGCUGGAAUCCUGCAGGAUGUGGCUGGCUCUGCCCUUCUCUGUGGGAAGAAGGGACCUGGAGCAGGAAGGAGGCCUCAGCAGGGAUACUGAGGUGAACAUGCUCAUGUAAGGCAGAUGAGUUCUGGGAAUGACAGCAAAGCUGCAGACAUUGGCACUGCUCUCAUCUUAAAACUCCUUGCAAAGGAGAGUAACCAAAUGUGCUUUUUAAGGAUGUGCAGCCAGUGCUGCACUCUUUCCUUGUGCAGGUGCCAGAAUGAGUCACCUUAGAACUGCAAAGGAUGUGUCCUAUCCUUAAACCAAAAAAAGAGAGAGAGGAGGCCCUGUGGAGAGAGGAAGGUGUGGCCUGUAGGCAGAGGCGCUGGGAUUCUUCAGUACAAAGUGACUUAGUGUAACCAGACACUGCUCUUCUGCACAACCAUUUGGGCUGCCUCUGAGCCAGCCAAAAGCAGUAGCUGAUGUCCCAUUCCCCAGCACAAGGGAAGGGGGAAAAGGAAAACAAAGGUAAGUGAGGCUGCUUCUUUCCUCCUUCUUUUUCUCUCCUCCUCCCACCAUCCCUGUGGGCUGAUCCCAGAUGCAGAUGGCACUUUCUUUAUCCUUCAGUGGGUAGCACAGCUGCCAGGAGUGGUGUGCUUCUCCGAGGCAAGGCUUUUUCACCUCUCUGUCAUUACAUUCUCAUGAUAGUGAGAUAAGUUAUUUAAGGGCAUUAAUUUAUGGCUGAGGUGUUUGGGUUUUCUGUUUUGAUUUUUCUUUGAUUUGUUCGUGGAGCUUUGUCAUCUCUGUGGAUGCUUGGAAGAAAACCAUCCACAGUCGAGCUGCUCUGGAAGGUUUAAAUUGACUCUGAUGUACUGACUGUUUGUGGUCUAAUAAAGCAAAAUGUGACAUUUUG